AUGCAGGAUAACUCUGAUGAUGGUAUUGGAAAUCUUUGGGGUAAGAAAAGGAAGCGGAGUGACAGCAAUGUUGAACAUGGCUCUCGAGGUACAUUGCCAGUGCAUAAAAAAUCUAAAAAGCAAGUCACUGAUGUGGAGUUCAAUGCCAAGAAGCUUUAUUUCCCGGGCAUGGUUGUCUUGGGAUGUGUUGAUGCAGUUCGUGAACUAGGACUCAAAGUCUCUUUGCCUGGUGGGAAGUAUGGAAAUGUUCCUGCAACUGAGAUUUCUUCAGCCUAUAGAUCUAUGUUGGAGGCAUCUGUUCAAAGUGGUUCAACUGAUACAACUAAUGAACUGAAAGAAUUGGGAGAUAUGUUUCAUCCUGGGGAAUGUAUUGUUGCACAAAUCAAAGAAAGUGCUGAUGCUCAUUCCUUCACUCUAUCCCUUGAUCCCUCUGAGAUCCAGGGUCACAUCUCACUGGCAACCUUGAAACCAGGAAUGUUCCUCAUGGCCAGUGUGAAAAGCAAAGAGGACCAUGGGUUUGUCAUGGAUUUGGGCAUUAUGAAUGCCAGAGCAUUUCUCAAGCAUGAUGAUGCCAGGGCUUUGCUCAAUGCCAGAACCACUGGACUCAAUGUUGGUGAACAAGUGCCAUGCAUUGUGGAAGAGGUGUCAGAGAAUAUUGUCUCUCUGUCAUGUAACCCAAUUGAUAUAAAAAAGGCUCAACUUGAACCCAAUAAGAAAAUCUCUCUGGAUCAAGUCACUCCUGGAACAGUCUUCUCUGCUAAAGUAACUCAGGUGUUGCCUGGUGGCCUUGAGUUGCAGGUAGCCAAUAAAAUCAAGGGUUAUGUCAUGAGGGAGCACCUGAAACAGGUGGGACAAGAUCCAGAUUCGUUCAAUCCAGGUGAAGAAGUGAUGUGCCGAUUGUUGUUUGUCUGUCCUGGGACAUCGAUACCUUUCUUCACCAUUCAGAACUCAAUUGUGAAACAUUUUUGUUUCAAAACCAAGAGAAAGGAUCUUGAUAAACAUGACCUCAUUGGGAAGGUUUUUGACCGCUGUAAAGUGAUUGGGUAUGCCCCAGGAAGAGUGCUGGUGAAGCUUCAGCCUCAUUUGUACGGCUUUGUGCCAGUCCGUGAACUGGUUGAGAAAAAUGAUCCUGCAGACUUCAACGUCAAGCAGAAGUUUCCUUUGGGAUCAGAACAUCCAGGACGCAUCUUCGGCUUCAACUUAUUUGACGAUCUCUUCCUUGUCUCCUUCCGCAAUGUGCCUGGGGUCCUACUGGAACAGGCGGAGAUAUUGGAGCACCUCGAGCUCUGGUUUUGGAGUGACGUGCGAUACGGAGACGAGAUCGACAGCCGCAUCUCAAAGGACGUCCGCGGUUUUGUAGAAUCUUUUGAGGACUGUGGUUGCCAGGCUGCUUUUGUUUGUGCUGAUAGAUCUAUGCUGAAGCUCCAAGUUCUAACCUACAAUGAUGUGACAGUUGGGAGGUUGUACAAAUGCACAGUGUCCUCUGUAACACAUGGUGGAGUACAUGUUCAGUUGGCUCCUAAAGUUGCUGGCUUCAUCCAAAAUCAUCAUUUGCUGGAUGGUCCUCCUCCAAAGCAUGCACAACAGGCCUUGUUUCAACCAGGGAAGCAACUCAAGUGUCGGGUAUUGAAGUGUGAUCCAAGCAGGGGCAAGUUGCAUCUAACCAACAAAAAGCAACUCCUGGAGUCAACACUCCCAGUACUGGAUAAGUAUGACACCUGCUUCAUCGGAAAGUCGGUUCAUGGGUGUGUUGUCCGCGUCACCGAUGGAGGUCUUCUCAUCUCAUUUUACAAUGAUGUGACGGGAUUUCUUCCAAAGGGCAAGAUACAGCUUCACAAAAAUGACUCUAUGAAGGGAGCCUUUCAUGUGGGUCAGGUGAUCCAGUGCCUUGUCAUUGAAGUGAAUCCACAAGCACAGAAACUCACAUUGAGUAUGCUGCCUUCCCUGUCACCCAUUCUGAGGAAAAACAAAGCUGAUGCUCUUGAAAAGCUACAUGUAGGGGACAGAGUCAGCUGCACUGUGACCAAUAUGAUGGAAAAAAAACUUGUUGUUUCCAUAUCUGAGAACCCAGGAUUGAUUGGCUUUAUUCCAAAGUCUCAUCUUUCUGAUUUUCUGAACCUCACCACUGCAUGGUUUUCAUAUUAUAAGCAGGGCCAUGAAAUUCCAGAAGCAUUUGUAUUUCAGAAGGGAAAGCAUCUAGUGUUAUCACUAAAGCCCUCCCUUUUGGAGGCAGAAUAUCUCCCCAAGACAUUGGAGGAGUUAACUCCAGAGACUGUGAUACCAGCAGUUGUCAAAAAUGUGGCUCGUCUUGGAGUUUUUGUUCAUCUCCCACUUGAAGAUGUUCAAAAGCCUGCCCUUGUCCAUGUCCGUUUGAAAGUUUGGUAUGAUAAAUCAGCACUUGAGAAUUUCCAUCUGCCAUCAAAGGAUAAUUCCAUGCCAAAAUGGGCUGUGGCUGGAGUUGUAUACCAUCUCUCAGUGGAGCUGGUAGUGAUACAAAGACAGAGGCAGCCUCUGCACCUCAGAAACCUGCCAGUUCUGGUCAUCAUUCUGGUGCAAUCUCAAGCUGCCAUGUCGUUUUUCUGCUCCAAGAAGAAAUUCAAGUUUCAGGCCGAACUCGAUGUGGAAGAACUUACAUCGGUUCCCGUUGUUAAUGCCGUUUUCUUUGCCAAGGUGCGCUUGGUUGAUGGUGGAAGCUUCACUGAAUUGUCCUCCAGGGAGGAAGUGAGGGAUCACACCGUGAGAUGGAGUGCUCAUUUUACGUUCCCUUGUAAGAUGAGCGCCAAUGCGUCUACAGGCGUCCUUGACCCUUGCCACCUCAAAAUCUCGAUCCGCAAGGAGGAUAAAGGAGGGCGGAGCUACGUGAGGCUGGGGUUCGCAACUCUGAACUUGGCAGAAUUUGCCGGGGCUGGCCCUGUGACGCGGAGAUGCCUCCUUGAAGGUUACGGAGGCUCGCGACACCGCCAGGACAAUUCUACGCUUCAUCUCACCCUCAAAAUGAUCCUCGUUUCUGGAGACGUCUGUUUCAAAAGACCUAGUCCUCGAAGCCUGGUAAAUGCCCAGCCUGCUGAUGAGGAGAGCAGUGAAGAAACAGCAGGAACUGAUGGAAGCCAGAACGUGUCUGGAGGAUCCAUAUCUGGUGGGUCAUCUGGCUUUGGCAGCCUGACAAAAAAGAGACCUUCUGUUCUCGAUUCAAGUCUAGUCAUAGGAAGCCCAGAAGUGGAUGUGCUUCCUGCACUACCUGUUGGAACACCAGUUCUACAACAUCCAUCAGGAGACAGUGGCAUUCCUCUUACACCAACAGUAACUGCACCUGCACCUCAAGCAGCUGAAUUUGAACUUGGUCAUUCCCGCAAUUCCUCCAACACCAGCCAGAUGAGUAAAGCCUCAGGUUAUGGGAGCUUGACCAGUGGCUCUCAUUCCCAACACAGUCGUCAGAGCAGCUCAGGGGAGAGUGCCUCCACUCAGCACACAUCUUCAACACCAAAUCCCACUUUGAGUCAUUUCAGAUUCAGAAUGGCAGACGAAGUGACUGGUGUCCGUCAACGCCUGACUGCCUCACAUGACAGGGAAAGCACUGGAGGUGGGGGAGAUGACAAUUUGUCAUCAGAAUUUAGUGGUCUUGUGCUCAAUGAAUCCCCCACUGGAAGGCGACCUGGUAGACCACUUAUCUCUAAGAAUGAGGAAGUCAUUGCCAAGGAUGGCAUGGUCGGUCUUGAUGGAGUUGGUGCUGAGAACCUUCAGUCAGGGACAUUUUGGUUCACAAGAAUCAUCAUCAUCCGCAGUAUCGGGUUCAUAUAUUCUGUGGCCUUCCUGGUGGCAUUUAAUCAAAAUAAACAGCUAAUUGGUGAUGGUGGGAUCCUCCCUGCACAUGACUAUAUGGAGAGACUUCUCUAUGGAGAGUGUGAAGGAGACAUUUGGAAGUGCAUGAUGAUGGCUCCCUCUGGAUUCUGGUUCUUCAUGAAUCAUCCCAUCAAUAUAUUGCUUGACAUCUUUUCCACAGCUGGUUUAGCCAUCUCAUCCUUUAUGUUCCUCACUGGAUCAGCAAAUUCUCUGAUCCUGGCUGCAAUCUGGCUCCUGUACAUGUCAAUAGUGAACAUUGGUCAAAGGUGGUAUAGUUUUGGCUGGGAAUCGCAAAUCUUGGAAAUGGGAUUCAUUGCCAUCUGGUUGCCUGCUGCCUUCAGACUGACCCUUCAUAAUCUCAACAUGGACACACCCCCUGGUUAUGUAUCCAUAUAUAGCUUUCGAUGGCUCAUUUUCCGCAUCAUGUUGGGUGCUGGCCUCAUUAAAAUACGAGGUGCAUCAUGCUGGAAAGACCUGACUUGCAUGAAUUAUCAUUAUGAGACUCAACCUGUCCCAAAUCCAUUUUCAUACUAUCUCCACCAGACUCCUGAAACCAUUCACAAAGUCAUUUUGAUUUUGAGUGGAAACUUGAGCUUUCUGAACUGGUUGACCAUCAUUCCCAGCCUUGCUUGUUUUGAUGACCGGUGCCUAUCUUUCUUAUUUAACAAAAAGAAAAGGAGAAGUGUGAAGAAGCUGCAAACCUCUCCACCAUCUCCAGGUAUGAUCCGGACUGGGAUUCAAGUGAUGGUGGCAUUAUUGAUAUUAUUGCUCAGUGUGCCAGUAGUUGUGAAUCUUGCCAGCUCUCAGCAGAUCAUGAACACUUCAUAUGAUCCUUUUCGUCUGGUCAACACAUAUGGAGCAUUUGGCAGCGUACACAAGGUGAGAACGGAAAUCAUUUUGCAAGGAACAACAUCAGAGAAUCCUGAAUCUCCUCAAGCAGAAUGGAAGGACUAUGAGUUUAAAUGCAAGCCUGGGAACAUCUCACGCACUCCUUGCUUCAUUUCUCCAUAUCAUUACCGACUAGACUGGCUUGCCUGGUUCACCACCUUCUCUAGCUGGCAGCAUCAUCCUUGGCUCCUCCCAUUCAUCAAAAAGCUGUUGGAGAACAAUGAAGAUGUCAGUACCCUCAUUGCUCACAAUCCAUUCUUGGGAUCAGGAGAGAAACCAAAGUACAUCCGCAUCCUGAUGUACAAGUAUGAGUACACCAAGAUUGGGAGCCCCGAAGCUAUGGCUGGCCAGUGGUGGAAGAGGAAAUUCAAGAACUCCUAUCUCCCUCCUGUAUCGGAAAGCAUGCUCGCAAAGGAAAAGGCACAAUUAAGAAUGUUUGUCCGAAGUGCCCUUUCUCGCCUACCUGUGGUCUCUCGAACUGGGAUACCAUCUUGCCUAUCGACCCAUGUCCAAAGGCUUGAUCUGAACAGAGUGCAAAAAGAGCGCAACUUCCAUGUCUCACUGCAUGCUCUCUCGUCUGGACUUGAUUCAGCACUGCCCAAGAAAGUGGCUGUGGUCCUGUCUGGCUGUGGGGUAUAUGAUGGAAGCGAAGUUCAUGAAGCUUCUGCUGUCCUUACACACCUGACUCGAUCAGGUGCCAUUCCUAUCAUUUUUGCCCCCGAUAUCUUCCAGAUGCAUGUCGUGGAUCAUGCUAAGGGAACUCCAGUUGAUGGUGAACAUCGGAACGUCCUCUCAGAAUCUGCUCGAAUCGCAAGAGGGGAUGUCAAGCCCCUGUCAGAAUUAGAUGUGAAUCAGUUGGAUGCUGUUGUUUUUCCAGGAGGCUUCGGAGCUGCCAAAAAUCUAUCUGAUUUUGCAGUGAAAGGAAAGGACUGCAAGGUCCUACCUGAAGUAGAGAGGGUCAUCAUAAGUUUUCACCAAGCUCAGAAGCCAAUUGCUCUCACAUGCAUUGCACCUGUCCUUGCAGCUCGUGUUAUCAAGAAAGUGGAGAUUACCCUUGGCAAGAAAGAUGAUGGUGGAGGGAAGUGGCCGUAUGGAGACACCAUAGAAGUGGUGAAAGGAUGGGGAGCUAUACAUGAUCCACAGCCAGUGCAUGGAGUAAGUAUUGACAACAACAACAAAGUCCUAUCUACUCCAGCUUUCAUGUUUGAUACACGGCAAUUUCAUCUGAUCUACGAUGGGAUUGGAAACAUGAUCUCUUCACUGAUGCGCAUGUUGUAGUAAAGCACAUUCUUCACUUCGAAAUCAUCAUCAUCUCUUUACCAAAUGCUUGUUAUGGAAUGACUUCUCAUUUGAAAACUUUGGAUUAGUCAGUGAUGUGAUGGAGAAAAUGACAAUGCUGUGUUAUGAACAUAUUCUCUGUGCUUUUAAUGGAAAAAUUUUGCUGUGAUGAGAGUUGGUAUUACUAUCUGUGAAUAUAUUGUUAUCAAUGCUGG